AGCGCACGGCAGCGCGGGAGGCGCGCAGAGCUCUGGGGCUGCCGCGCGCCCGGGGCGCCUGGGGACCUGGGCUGUGGGCCAGGCGGCCCUCGCUGGCCUGUAGCGCUCACGCCGCCGGGCGCUGGAAACUUUAUCAGCGAGUCUCGCCCCUCGCUGCAGACGCGAAGGGGGGGCGGGGGCGCGGCGAGGCGCAGGCGGCCGUGACGAGGCGCUCCAGGCGCUGAGCGCUUCUGCUCCGGGCACGCAUGGCGCCCGCACACGGAGUCUGACCUGAUGCGGACGCGAGGUGGGUUAAUAUGAACGUCGCUUUCGGUGGAACCUGGCUGUGGCUCCCUCUGCUCUUGACCUGGGUGCUCACCCCCGAGGUCAGCUCUUCAUGGUGGUACAUGAGAGCUACAGGAGGCUCCUCCAGGGUGAUGUGUGACAAUGUGCCAGGCCUAGUGAGCCGCCAGCGGCAGCUGUGCCACCGACACCCAGAUGUGAUGCGUGCCAUUGGCCUGGGCGUGGCUGAGUGGACAGCUGAGUGUCAGCACCAAUUCCGCCAACAUCGCUGGAACUGCAACACCCUGGACAGGGAUCACAGUCUCUUUGGCAAGGUUCUGCUCCGAAGUAGUCGGGAAUCUGCCUUUGUUUAUGCCAUCUCCUCAGCUGGAGUUGUAUUUGCCAUCACCAGGGCCUGUAGUCAAGGAGAACUAAAAUCCUGUUCCUGUGAUCCAAAGAAGAAGGGAACCGCCAAGGACAGCAAGGGCACUUUUGAUUGGGGUGGCUGCAGUGAUAACAUUGAUUAUGGGAUCAAGUUUGCUCGAGCUUUUGUGGACGCCAAGGAAAGAAAAGGAAAGGAUGCCAGGGCCCUGAUGAAUCUCCACAACAACAGAGCUGGCAGGAAGGCUGUAAAGCGGUUCUUGAAACAGGAGUGCAAGUGCCAUGGUGUCAGCGGCUCCUGCACUCUGAGGACCUGUUGGCUGGCCAUGGCCGACUUCAGGAAGACAGGCGAUUAUCUCUGGAGGAAGUACAACGGGGCCAUCCAGGUUGUCAUGAACCAGGAUGGUACUGGCUUCACUGUGGCUAACAAGAAGUUUAAAAAGCCAACGAAAAAUGACCUUGUGUAUUUUGAGAAUUCUCCUGACUACUGUAUCAGGGACCGAGAUGCAGGCUCCUUGGGUACAGCAGGCCGUGUUUGCAACCUGACGUCUCGAGGCAUGGACAGCUGUGAAGUCAUGUGCUGCGGGAGAGGCUAUGACACCUCCCGUGUCACUCGGAUGACCAAGUGCGAGUGUAAGUUCCACUGGUGCUGUGCUGUGCGCUGUCAGGACUGCCUGGAAGCCCUGGAUGUGCACACAUGCAAGGCCCCCAAAAGCGCCGAUUGGACGGCUCCCACAUGACACCAGCAGAGGUCACCACUCACCUCCCCUCCCUUAAGGACUUCAUUGGACCUGGAAAGACACUGGGCCUUUGGGUUCUCUAGGGGACAUUUCCAAAGCAUAUGACCUUUGUCUCAACAGAAACUCCUCCCUCUCUAAGGGCCCAGGACUGGGACCAUGUGCUCUCUGUAUAAGCAUGCCCUGUUUCCUUUGACUUCCAGCAUGCUGGGCUACACCUCCUUCUGGUCAUGACAAACUGUUAGAGGGAUUGAAGGUAGGCCCAGAUCAUUGUCUCCACCCACCUAGAAGUUUUUUUCUUUCCAUAACAGUUGACCAGAAGGAAGAAGAUUGACUCAAAGGGACUUUUUCUGUGUCUUCCAACAAAAGCUAGCAGUUAAGAAAUUUCAUGUUUUUAUCUGGAGAGUCAUGUAAAGAAAGUAGGACCAACUACCACUGAAUUAACUUUAAUUCUUGAAAAGACUAAACAAGCCUUUUGUCUUGUCAAGUGAUUUUCACAGCUACCACUUUCCUCCAGGGGUAAAUGGUAACUACCUGGAGAAAGAUGACAUUCAAUAAAGUUUAGAUUUUAAAAAUGCA